AUGCAGACCGUUCCCAGUCUCGUGGGAACUGGCACUGCCGUUGCUGCGGCGGCCCUCGGUCUCGUCUUUGCUCAUCCCGACGACGAGUUGAGUUCCACACAGUCCGCCUCGAACAGGAGGAAACUAGCCUCAGACAAAGACAUUCCUCCGAACCAUUCACUGAGCGGUCCCACUGUCUCUUUGCGCCCCGACACCAGUUCUGGCGCCCAGCAGUUGCCGACUCCUACAGAAGACGCACGCUACACGACUUUUCCCAACCAACAAUUCUCCUUUUCGAACUCCAACGAGCCCUCGUCUGCGCGCCCUUCUCGUCCACUCAGCUCGCAUUUCAGCUUUGCGCCGUCGUUGCUGCACAGCAGAAGAGCGUCGUACGUGAAGCAGGGAGACCAGGUGGCACCGCCCUACAACCCGGAGGAUCCCAGAGACUCUGUUUCGUCCAAUGGGUCCUGGAUGAGGCGCUUGUCACUCCGGCCAUUGUCACAACACGGGAGCAUUAGAUCAAGUCUGGGCCUCGACAGCCACUCCGUCGCCUUUUCACACGGUUCCGCGGCCCCGAUUCUAUCGCCGACCGGCUCGAUCCCUCCGCCGUUGCCUCCCAACAAACUAGUAAAGCGACCCCCUUCGUCACAACGCAAUGAUCCUGUAACGCGCCGCCGAUCCAAAACGCACCUUCCCAGUCUUCGUCGGCCCGCCACCAGUCACCAGAGAUCUGCCACUUUGCACCGGAUCCAUCACGACGUGAACCCCGUUGAGCCCGAUACCGACCCGAAAUUCUCCUUCGACCGCUACCUCCAAAACGCCGGAGAUAGUGCUGCAACUCCCCCGCCGCAAGAAAGCGACCCGACUUUCCAAAAACCGAAUUCGAGUACUAAGUGGACCUCGUUCUUCCACACGCGCAGAGCCAAUGUCACUGCACGGAUCGCUCCUGAUCGCCUAGUUGACCGCAGUCCCAGCACACGAUCCUCCUCGGCGACAACAAGGCGUCUGUUGGUGUCCAACGACAGAAAGCACGGUAUCUACCUGGUUGGUGGUGGUAUGCUGGGGAACACCGUUGCGCCUCCCGAAGACGUCCCAUCGCUUGUGGAAGACGAAGCGGUGGCUGAGGACGCGUGCGACGUUGGAGACACAAGGGAGCCCGAAGAAGACAACACGCCAGCAACGCCAGACGACACGCCGUCCAAACGCACCCGAAUCUCAAUGCAUUUCAACUCUCCCAAUUGGAUCCCGAGGGCGGGUAGUCUUCGACGGACAAAGCGUGGAGCAGGACCCAAAGGCGGUGGUGGGAGUAAGCGGCACGUCUCUGCGCCUACGUCGAUAUCCCCCGGCCGCGCCCAAGACGACGAGCAUGCUGCGCCUGCGGACGCAGACGACUUCCAAACGCCGCCGUACCAUCGAACAGCAGCCAACCUGGAGCUCGCAUCAACUGCACAUUUGAGUCCACGCAGUUCUCCGUCGCCUCUUCCCCCGCUAUCGCGACUUUCCAGCUUCAAUGUCGACGUUUCCCGAAUAGGCUCAUCGGGAGGCGCUGGUCCAUCCCCCCGGUCCAUCCAACCAUCUGGCAGUUCUCAGGGCUCGUCGGCGUUCGCUGCGUACAACCGCAGCGCCCCGACCGAUCGAAGCUCGACUUUGAACAGCUCCGACUUCGACUCCCGGGAUUUCAUCUCGGGUGAUGAUGACACGGACUUCAAGAGCGAGACCAUCUUUGACUCAUUUCGAACCGCCGAGUCCGACCGUAACCGCGCGGUCGAGACCCCGCUCGACCACAUGUUUGACGAGUCGCCGCCAGGCACUGCUGGACAUCUCAGGGCCAAGCGACUGUCUAUCCAUGAGAUUCUCGGCCGCUCAUGGGAUGCGGAUGACAGAAUCAUGGAGGAGGACGAGAACAUGCCGACGCCGGUUCGUGUCAACCACGAGCCAAGAAUACGCACCGACUCAGAUGUAAUGGCACCACGCUACAGCUUGGAGCGACCUUCGAAUGAGUAUUCUCUCGGAAGUAAGGACUUUGGCCGCUUGUCAAUCGAGGACGAUUUCGACGACGACGACUGGGCCCGUGACGAGGAUGACAUGGCCUGGAGCAACCAGCUCUCGCCCCCAAGCUCGAUGAACUCUCGUGGCGUCAGUCCCCAUCUGCGCAUGGCACUUGCUAGUAUCAGCGGUAAUGGAAACGCCGAUGCGGCGCACGACUCUAGCGAACGGCCUCGCAGCAAUAUUUUUGAUUGGAGCGAGCCGACGCAGGAAAAGCCAGAUCACAGCAGUUCGUUCCGGCCGAAAACUGCCUACGGAAAGCAGGAACUCGAUAUGAGAGGUGGUCGUACUGCGGUUCGAAAGGGCCCAACGGCCAUGCACGUUCGCAGUCAGAGUGUGCCCGUUGUCCAUGAUCCCACAGAUGGCGCGACAAUGAACCCGAAGUUUGGCACAUGGGGGCUGAGCAGCAAGACUGUGAGCGAGGACUGGGACGAUGACUUCGAGUUUGACGGUAACGAGAACGAGGACAAGGAAGCUGACAAUGCAUUUGCCAUGGUUGUGCCCGCCUCCAUCCAGGCCUCGCAGCCGAGCCUCAAGCAACAUACUGGUCACAUCAGAGAGUUGUCUUUGCUCGUCAAUGACCUCAAACGGUUGUGUCGACUCGGUCGCGAUUUGGACAUGCUCAGUGGAUCCAAUGCCGGUGUCUGGAAGGAAGCUGAGGGGAUUAUCGCGCUGGCAUCGCCCGACGAAGAUGAGUUGGAGGGCAUGGACGUGGACUCAUCCUCCAUUAUGAGCGGCUUUGACGCUGUGUCGCCCGCUCCUAUCGAAAAAGGAGACCCCUUCGACGAGGUUCACGAACUGAACGUCUCCAAGACAGCAGUUAUUCGGGAGCGAACCGCCGGCCGCAGACGUUCCGUCUUCUCGCCAGACGAUGACAUUUUUGGCGGAAACGGCCUAAUUUUGGACGAGCCUCCUCCUCCACGCCCAAAGACACCUGAGAACAAUAUCAACAUGGGCGGUCACGAUGUCACUGAUAUCGUCAGAUCCGUCCUCGACGCCAUGCAGCAGCGGUCCGUUUCUGACUCGGCACGCGAUGACAAGCUCCACUUCGGCACCAACAGCCUCAAGGCUUUGGUCAAGCGCGCAGGCGAUCUUCGAGACACACUGUCAGAGGUCGUGCGCCGCGCAGACCAGAUCACAUCGAGCCCUGCCCGGACGCCCCGUCAGCACAACGACAGUCCGGCCUUUACCCGGGUCUUUACCCCAGACCAUACUCCGUCCCCGUCGAGCCCACCAAAGAAGUUGCCUCACAGCAGGAGCACGAAUUCUGGGCUCGGGCGCGGAUCGGUCGAUGCUUCGCCAUCGAGUGGCUUGCAACGGAUGCAAAUGAUGACGGUCAGCUGA